AUGAAUGUGGUAGCCCUAUAUCUCACCAUUCUAUUUCUGGUAACUUCGAGUGUUACUGUCAAAAAGAAGAAAGGAAAUGAUUGGGAUGAACUAGAAACGUUAUUGGAAAAUAUUGAUGAACAGGUCACAGAGUCAACUCAAGAUUUCGAACUUGUACCAUCAUCAGUGCAAAAGAAUCCUUGUGAAGAUCAUAUGUGUGGAUGGGGUAAGGAAUGCAUUGUUGACAAACAAGGUCAACCAAUUUGUGAAUGCAUUUCGAAAUGUCCAAUAUUGGAUAAUGAUCCACUUGAUCAGGUUUGCAGCAAUACAAACCAAACAUUUUCAUCGCUGUGUGAAUUAUAUCGCGAAAGGUGCCUUUGUAAACAUAAAUUUAAAGAAUGCGAAAAUAAAGUUAAUGCAAAAGUUCACCUGGAAUAUUUGGGUGCUUGUAAGAAGCUUGAACCAUGUACCGAUGAAUUGAUGGUUCAAUUUCCAACACGAAUGGCUGAUUGGCUCUUCCAGGUAAUGCGGGAAAUGAAGAAACGACGAGAGUUGCGUGAUGUAGAAUGGGAAGAACGAAUCGAAGAAGCAGAAUCUGAUGACAAGAAAAAGCAUGUCUAUGCGGUAAUAUGGAAAUUUUGUGAUUUGGAUAUCAAACCUCAUGAUAAGUAUGUAUCACAUCAUGAACUGAUUCCUAUCACAGCACCUGUUAUUCCCAUGGAAUCCUGUAUCAAACCAUUCCUAAAGAAUUGUGAUGUCAAUAAUGAUGGCAACAUUUCUAUUAAGGAAUGGGGGAAAUGUCUUGGCCUUAAGGAAGGUGAAAUUCAAGAACGUUGUUAG